CUUGAUUUCUACGGUAAAUGAUGGCAAACGUCAAUGGCGAAGAGAAGGCAGAGCUCCUUACACCAUCGCACUCUGGGCAUGGUCUUGCCUCAAAAUCCAAGUUUCGAGGUCGAAUCCCCCUAUCACCAACCACUAUUUCUACAAUGCUUUCUGGUCCAAACUUGACCAUAGUAGGUCUGAUAGCAGGCGCUGCUUUCGUCUCAGUGGUACAUCAUUUCUUUUUGGUAUUCCUUCGAGGACGUCGCGUCGAGGAACAGUUUUGGAUGAAGAACACCUCUAACGCGCUGAGUAUAGUCGUUCAAUCCCUCUGUGCGGUAUCCGUUUCCGUGUCUCUUACACAGCUUAUCUGGUGGUUUCUCCGUCGCCGACCCUUUACUGUUUCGCAGCUAAAUCAGCUAUUCAGCUUACCAGGACAGCUGCCCACUCUUUUCUUGGUCUUGUCGAAGAGGCCGUGGAGAAUCCUUCCCAUCAUCUUCAUUUCUGCACUCAUCCCGGUCUACACCCUUGUAUCCAUCCUGGCACCCAAUGCACUCGCAGUGGGUCCUGCUUCUCCCAAAACACAGAUCAUCUCUGCCCCCACAAUCUUUUUCGACAGAGAUCCGCUUGAGCAGGGCUGGGCUUACCCUCUACCAUCAGUGUCGGGCUGCAUUUAUGAGGUGACUUCGAGCUUUGAAAGAGUCCUGGAGAGAUCACUGCGGUUCGAUGGACUCGUUGGAUGGAGUGCACCCCUAGGGUGUGAAAGUGGGUGCAACUAUACAUUGCAAUACAGUGCACCUGCUCUACGCUGCUCCAGCAUUGAUGCAGAAGACAUCCUCAAUGGAAGUUCCACAAUACACCCAGCCCAACCACCUGCACUUCUUUGGAGUAACGACUCUUCCGAAGGCGUCUAUAAUGGUGCCUCCCAAUAUAUGCGCUCAGAUGUCGAUAUCGCUAUUUCAUGGCGAAAAUACAGUGUAGGGGGGGAUUUGAUCUUUGGUAGCAUGAUUUGCUAUCUGUUCAACACCACGCAACAAUCUACAGUGUCAUUUUCCAAUAACACAGGCAUCAUUCUACCUAGCAUCAUUUCGUAUAAUGAGCGCUUUGAUGGCGGGUUCACACCACAGAUGCAGUCCCAAUGCAAUGAACGACAAACAUUGGAGAUGUCUCCCACACUUUCUUACUACGUGAGCUACUUAACAAUCUUGUCCUGGCUCCAAGACCAACUGGAUGGCUAUAUUUCUUAUUUGAAACAAGGGAAGCAGUGGUACAAAAAUUCAGAUGUCAUAUCGACUGGAAUUUUUGUUAUCAAUGAAACUGCAACUACAUUUACUCCAAGGGAUGACGAUGUGAAGAAGGCCCUAGAGCAGAUACUUGUCAAUGUGACUAUUGCACUUAUAAGCGCAGGUGUGGAGACAACGGAGGUCAAUGCUACGGUGACACAGGACUAUUUGGUAUGGGUGUACGAUGCGCGUAGACUGUGGAUGACCUAUGCUACUGCGCUUGCAUUGACAUUUGUAUGCGGCGCCAUCGGACUAGCAUGUAUAGUGAAGAAUGGUGAGGUCCGGGACCUGGCGUUUUUGGAUAUAGUCAGGGCUACAAGGAAUGUGGAGUUGGAUAGCGUCUUUGGAGAAAACACUGUAGAAAAUGCAACAGAGCUCCAAUACAGGGUAGAGUGGAAGGACGAGCAGAGGUCAUACUAGAUCCUAGCAUACAAGUAUGGCCAUACUAUUACGAGUAUGUGACACUGAUCCUGGAAGUAAUCGUAGGUCCACAAUCGUUGAAGGUUAAGAGCUAUAAUAUUCCCCACUUCCGAAUCUUGUUCUGCUAUGAUUCCAACACAUCCGCUAUUUUGUCUCUGAAGGUUGAGGUAAUAGUGAUAAUGUCCGGACUCCGGUCAGAUGAG